AUGCUGAGAACUGCCAUUGUGAUUUGUGUGAUUCUAUCGCAGCUUUUGGAUGGAUCCUUAGCCAUUCGGGUUCACUGCCGACACACGGAGACUGUUCACGAGGAGAACAUUCACCACUGCUGCCAACAUCCCGAUGGUCACAAUGAAGUUACCGAAAUGUGUGCCAAGAAGACCAACUUUGGACUGCCAAGUCCCGAUGAGGAGGCCAUCGAGGACGUGACGGUGGACCAGGCGAUGGUCGGCACCUGCUGGGCCAAAUGCGUCUUCGAUCAUUACAAUCUGAUGGAGAAUAACACCCUGGAUAUGGACAAAGUGCGUUCCUACUACAAAAGGUACCACUCAACGGAUCCCGAAUACGAAACUGAAAUGCUGAAUGCCUACGAGAGAUGCCACUCGAAAACCGAAACUGCCACGGAACACUUUCUGUCGCUGCCAAUUGUUAGAACCUUUGCCACCGCCAAGUUCUGUAAACCAACCUCCAGUAUUAUCAUGUCCUGCGUUAUUUACAACUUCUUUCACAACUGCCCCAAGAGUCGAUGGUCGAACACAACGGAGUGCGCGGAAACUUUGGCCUUUGCCAAGAAGUGCAAGGAUGUGCUGACAACAAUGUAAUGAUUAUUAUAUUCUAAAAUAGUCCUUCAAAAAUCAUUAAAAUAUGACUAA